AUGAAGCCAAAAGCCACUGGGAUGAUGGGAGAUCUCCCUGCCAUGCAUGGGCCGAGUCCUGAGCAUGCGGGCUCCUACACCGAGUCAUUGGAGGCGAACUCAGGAGCGGCAUUUGUGAGAAAGAUCGGUCUCAAAAUGGACCCGGCAAACGCGCCCAAACUGAACCUCUUCGGCUGGAACGUGGGUAGACGCAAUCCGCCGUCCGGUCUAGCGACUGGCACGGUUCUAGCCGUACCCAUUGUCGAUAUCCUCUCGCUGAACCAUAUGAAGACCCUGGCGAACAUUUACUUUGCCAAGGUAGAUCCGUGCUAUGGCUUCAUCGAUUCAGCAAUGUUCUUUCGCCGCUUGGAGGCCCGUUGGCAGUCGUCUGCAGAGGGCGAUUCGUUUGACGGCGUGCUCGCGGGGAUUGCUGCUCUGGGGGCACUCUUCUCCGAAAUCACUAUCAACAUUACCGAAGCCCAUCUGGUUGAACUGACUCGCUCUAUAACGGAUACCCACAUUGGGUCUGCAGCCCCAUCCAUAGAAGUGGUGACUGCGUGGGCACUCCGGGUGAUCUACAUGCGCAUGACAGCCCCACCAUAUCCGACCUGGAUUGCAAGCUCCACCUUGAUGCAUCUUAUCGAAGCCUCGAAACUUCACCAGAGCUCCUCGUGCGACUCCCUUGACCUCGACACUCGACAACGGCUGAUUGGAGUCGCCCAACAUUUGAAUCUCUGGAUCUCGUACGACCUGGGUCUGUCUCGGGUUUCCUUCCCCCACGAGCCGGUAGCACUGCCCUCGCCAAGGCCAGGCGAUGCCACGGUAGAAUUGCUCGGUCUCUUGCCCCUUUCCACCAGCCUGGGCCCGGAGAAUCGACGACAGGACGAAGAGAUCGAGGAGUUCUUGCUGCAGACAUUAAGCCGUAACCACACGCAGCCACCAUCGAUUCUCGCUCAAUGUAACCUGGUCCUCUGUCUUCUGCGGCGCUUACAUAUGAGAAACCUCAUGACCUCUCCAGCAACGAUGGAGCGGGUUGUGGAACAACUGAAGCGAAGCCUCGGUGCCGCCCGACGUAUGGCUUCGGAUUGCUCCCCAUGGCAACAUGUGGCCAAUGUGCCGUUUCAGAUGAUCAGUAUCCUCCUGGAGAUGGACACAAGUGCUGCAUUAGAGCUUUUGCCGGAAGCGAUGCAAACCUUGAAACUGGUUUCUACCACCUACGAUACCGAAGCCAUGAGGGAGGCGUACGGUACUGCCCGUCUCCUCAUUCUCCUCUACCAGCGCCGGCGGCGUUCGGACACCAAGUUGCUCAGCGGGCUAUUGGAAGAUCAUCAUGAGCCGACCACCACCGAGUCACCGGUUCAGCCCAUGCUCCCCACAUCUGACGAAGUAUCCUGGCUGGAAGGAUUGGUCGCGGACGUACCAAGUUUACACGGCCUCGACUUUAGUCAGUUUUUACAGCUCUCGCCGAACACGCCGGGAAUGUGGGGCCGAUAG